CCAUUCCGCGCUGUUGUACGUCACUCGGCGGAGUUCGCGGUCGCUCGCCGUCCGUCCGCGCCGCACCGCGCUUUACGUCACCAAAAUAAACUCGGGUUAUUUGUAUUUACAAUAAAACUCGGUGAAAAUAAACGAACCCGCGACGUUAAUUGUCGAUAUCGAGCGCCGUGAUUGUUUGUUGUGCGCUGUGGAGUGAUGAAACUGGUUGUGUAGUGUUUCGGAACUGGAAAAAGUGUUUGAUCUCGGUUUUACGACGUAUUAUUGUGGAGUUGCGAGUGUUAGUGUGGUGCUGUGUUUGUUGCUGGGCUCCCUGGCCCUGUGUCCACGCUGUCCACGGCCCACGCGGCCAGCUGUGGACCGCGGCAAGUAAAUAAAUAGUGUUAUACAGUUGGAGUGUGCAUCGGUGACCUACAUACAAUAGACGACGCAACAUGUAAGCUGUGAACAACGCCAUCUAGUGAGAUGAACACACAACCGCCAUACACCGCCAUCUAGUGAGAUGAAGAUACAAACGGUGGCGGGCAGGGCGGUGGUAUGCGAGGAGCCGCCGCGGUCCACGGCGUACUACUACGCGGACCUCGAGCGCAUCAAACGCAGCGAGCCCGCGCCUGCGCAGUCCCCGCCCACCGCGCUCAGCGAGUACGUCGCCGCCUGCGACGUGGCCGACGAUGGCGCCGUGCGAGAAGUACCUCCGCUCCGCGACAGAGGGCGCCAGCGGAGCCUCCCUGAGUACUCCCGCAAAGAGGACACGUAUUCCACAGCGGGCACGUUUCCGAUGCCCGAGCCGAAGGAGAAGGAGCCGUUGUUAGCUGAGUUGGAAGUAGUGGGCAGGUUGCCGCUGUCGCAGCUAGAUGGCGCCAGCGGCGUGCGUCGCAGCCGCAGCUGGUACCUGUGCUGCCCCAACGUGCCGGACGAGGAGAUCUCCCGCGAGUCCUCGUGGCGCUACUCCAGCCUGCGCCCCGUGACGGCGCCGCCCGCGCCCAACAACACCGCGCCCCACACGCUCACCAUGACGGUGGCAGGUCAGAGCUCAGGCCGCGAGGACGUGGCGUCGCUGCGCGCGGAACGGGACGCGCUAGCUCGAGCACUAGCGGCCGAGCGACAGCGCGCGGCGACGGCGGCACGCGCGCACGACGCGCGACUCGCGGAGUUGCACGGCGUUAUUGCGGAGCUCGUGCGGCGACGCGCGCACGACAAACACGCGCGGGCUAUACCUGAGGAGGAUGUUUCAGACGAGUGCGAGUCGACGACACAGCCGGCGGGCGAGCUGGACAACGACGCCGACCACUCGCGGACUGACCAGAACGACACAUCAUCAGCCCUAAGUCCCGAGCUGCCCACGCCGCAGGAGUCCAAAGUGGAGAACACUAUACCGGCCACCUUCGAAGACCUGCCCACUGAUACGGAGACUAGCGCGCACGAGAUCAAGGCGGAAUGUCCACGCGUGGAGGUAACGACGCCCUCCUUGGCGGAGCAGUGCGACACCAGCCUCAACCUCUCUGAGAGGGACUCCGACCUCUGUCUCAGCACUGCGCGUUGCUGCGACAACGUGGUGGGUUCGGACACGCUAGGGGGCGGGGCUAGUGGCGCGGGGGGUGGGGCCAGCGAGGGGGCGGGGGGCAGCUGUGAGAGGGAGAGGGGGUCGCCUGACUCGCCUACACUCUAUACUCCUUGUACCGGUAUGUAUACAGACAGACAGACUGACAGACAGACAGACAGACAGACAGACAGACAGACGGAGGAGUCCGACUCCAGCAGUCCGCAACACGACGACUGGUGGAGUGCAGACAAACUGUCUGUGGACGUGUGCGCACACGCAGAGCUCAGGGAGGCACUGCUCGCUGCGCAGGACCAGGAGGGCGGGUGUGUGUGGGCGGCGCGGUGCGCGGGGCUGCGGGCCGAGCGCCGCGUGCUGCACUGUGCACUCGCACGGGCCGCCGACACUGCGCACAGGUUGUAUUGCGCGUGCGCAGUGUCGGAGUCGACGUCGGUGUCGCUGUGUUGCGCGCUGCGCGCCGCCGACCGCGCGCUCGAGACAUACGACGUGCUGCUGGCGCUCGCAGAGACCGCCGCCGCCACGCACACGCACCAGCGCGCCGCUACGGAGCAAGUAGCGCUGCAACUCCUGGCUCGGCUGGAGUCGGAGGGCGGCUCGCUGGGGCAGCCGCUGCUGUCGCCGGGGCCCUGGCUGCAGGCGCUGCAGGGGCCCGCGCCCUCCGCCAAGUGGGGGCCCCAGCUCGAGACCAAACUCAGGGCGCACGCUGCUAGGCUCAAGGCGGACACGGUGUCACUCCGCGACAGCGCGCCGGCGCCGAAGCUGUUCUCGUACCACGACGUGGACGAGGCGGAGCUGCUGGCGGCGGGCCGCGGCUGCAGCGCGCGCGAGAUGGAGGACGCGGUGGACGUGCACGACGCGCUGCUACGGCACUACGCCGGGCACAAGCAGAGUACCUCCUCCCGCCGCAGCCGGCGGUCGCGGCCCCGGCACUGGCUCGACACGCAGGCCUCCGAGACCGACCUCUGAGGACAUACCCACACAGGGGGCGCCGCUACACUACACGUAGGCUAUCAUCACCAUCAGCCGCUGCAACUUCUUCAGUGAACAUUUUCCUUAAUCCCCACACUUGGUGAAUUGCUUGGGGAUUAUUGGGAAGCUAUAUAACCAUCAACCAGAACUAUCUACUAGUGUAAAGAGGAGAUUUACCAUAAUCCCCACAUCUGGUGAUUUGCUUGGAGAUUAUUGGGAAGCUAUAACCAUCAACCAGAACUCUCUAGUAGUCUAAAGAGGAGGUUUGCCAUAAUCCCCACACUUGGCAAAUUGAUUGGGGAUUGCAUUUAUAUCACCGACUUUGAACAGUGGGACAUACCCGGGUCCAGUAACAUAAGACAUUAGCCGUAGUACUGUCACUCUCACCCUUAUUGCUAUACUACUAAAGAUCAUUUUCCUUCAUCGCUGUUUACUGACUAAAUUCAUCUCUAUGUCUUUAGUGAUAACGUUCAAAAUCCUUCGACACGUAACAUGUAGGCCGUAGUGCCAUAUUAUUGACACAGAUGGCAGCACUGCUGUUUUAAUGCCAAUCGUCAAUUCGUUAGAUGUUAAUAAAACACAUUGUAAUGACAUUAACACUCGUAAUCUGUAAUAAUCGAUUAAUAAGAAUCGAUUGUCAACAAUCGAUUUUGUAUCGAGAUGGAUUUUAAAAGUAAAUGUCCACAGGCCCGCAUCGUACGCAUCGCACGCAACGGAUUUUAGUUUGCCUUGUAUAGAAACUCAUACAACUGCGUCCACUGAUCCGCAUCGUACGGACCGCAUCAUCGGCAAUGCCUACAUGCGAUGCGUACCGAUGACGUCAUACGGAAUGCGUGCGAUGCGUACGAUGCGUAUGCAUUCACACAGACCGGCUCGGAGAGAAGAGGCUAAAUAGGACACUAUCACAUAUCGGAAAUCCGAUACCUUAGUUAAAUUACAAAAUUAAAUGAGGAAUACUGAAACGCUACUCAAUUUUAAGUUAUAUACUUAAUAUCGUGCUAUCUCUGUCUUUUAUAAAGGAUUUGUAGCGACACAACUAUGUUUGAGAGUGUCUUAACAUCGAUUGGCGUUUGAGUAUUUGAACAUAAGUUUACUAUGUAUAAUGACACGCCGCGUCCAAAAUAUUAAAUUAAUUAAUUUUCCAGUGCCAUUGUGAGUACGUGGUGAUUAGGUUUAUAUCAUUUUUGUAUGAUUUUUGUAUACAUUUUGUUUAUUUUUUAUUAUAAAAGUGAGGCUACGCAAUCUCUCAUUAUC